CGGAUACGUUAGGUAUUUUUCAUUAUGGAAAGAACCCGAGCGUUUCCAAGCAAGGGAAGGAGGAAUAUAGGAAUUUCCGCGAAUAGAAAGGAGAGGUGCUUGAAAGCAAGAGAGAAGAUGCAGGGAAUGCAUAAUAGAACCGACAGAUGUAGCAUAAUUAUCAAAUGCUGGCCCAAGAUCUAAAGAGUUAUUCCAGAUGGGCCAGGGUGGCCUAGUUCUGAACCUGUUUGGGCUCUUCAGUAGGUGACAUCCGGAUAGAAGAGUGGAAUCAACAGUUUGGUAUUUCAGCCAAGUUAUCUGGCAGGAUGGGCAUUUGUCUGACAUAUUUUAUAGAGGAAUUCGAUGGCAUAAGUGAUUGACGUGGGAUUGAGUUUCUGAAGCCUAUGAAAGGUAGAAACUCAACCAUGGUUUCUUUCUCACCUCAACAGCAUUCACUUCCUUGAAGUCUUCUUUUUACCUUAGGCUCAGGCAGUUAUACUUAAGCAUGAACAUUGACGACAAACUGGAAGGAUUGUUUCUUAAAUGUGGCGGCAUAGACGAAAUGCAGUCUUCCAGGGCAAUGGUUGUAAUGGGUGGAGUGUCUGGCCAGUCUACCGUGUCUGGAGAGCUGCAGGAUUCAGUCCUUCAAGAUCGAAGUCUGCCUCAUCAGGAGAUCCUUGCUGCAGAUGAAGUGUUACAGGAGAGUGAGAUGAGACAGCAGGAUAUGAUAUCACAUGAUGAACUCAUGGUCCAUGAGGAGACCGUGAAAAACGAUGAAGAACAGAUGGAAACACAUGAAAGACUUCCUCAAGGACUACAGUAUGCACUCAAUGUCCCUAUAAGUGUAAAGCAGGAAAUUACUUUUACUGAUGUAUCUGAGCAACUGAUGAGAGACAAAAAACAAAUCAGAGAGCCAGUAGACUUACAGAAAAAGAAGAAGCGGAAGCAACGUUCUCCUGCAAAAAUCCUUACAAUAAAUGAGGAUGGAUCACUUGGUUUGAAAACCCCUAAAUCUCAUGUUUGUGAGCACUGCAAUGCUGCCUUUAGAACGAACUAUCAUUUACAGAGACAUGUCUUCAUUCAUACAGGCGAAAAACCAUUUCAAUGUAGUCAAUGUGACAUGCGUUUCAUACAGAAGUACCUGCUGCAGAGACACGAGAAGAUUCACACUGGUGAAAAACCAUUUCGUUGUGAUGAAUGUGGUAUGAGAUUCAUACAAAAGUAUCAUAUGGAAAGGCAUAAGAGAACUCACAGUGGAGAAAAACCUUACCAAUGUGAAUACUGUUUACAGUAUUUUUCCAGAACAGAUCGUGUAUUGAAACAUAAACGUAUGUGCCAUGAAAAUCAUGACAAAAAACUAAACAGAUGUGCCAUCAAAGGUGGCCUUCUGACAUCAGAGGAAGAUUCUGGCUUUUCUACAUCACCAAAAGAUAAUUCACUGCCAAAAAAGAAAAGGCAGAAAACUGAGAAAAAAUCAUCUGGGAUGGACAAAGAGAGUGUUUUGGACAAAUCUGACAUGAAGAAAGACAAAAAUGAUUACUUGCCUCUUUAUUCUUCAAGUACUAAAGUAAAAGAUGAAUAUAUGGUUGCAGAAUAUGCUGUUGAGAUGCCACAUUCCUCAGUUGGAGGAUCACAUUUAGAAGACGCAUCAGGAGAAAUACACCCACCGAAGUUGGUUCUCAAAAAAAUUAAUAGUAAGAGAAGUCUGAAACAGCCACUGGAGCAGAAUCAAACAAUUUCACCUUUAUCUACUUAUGAAGAGAGCAAAGUUUCAAAGUAUGCGUUUGAACUUGUGGAUAAGCAAUCUUUACUGGACUCGGAAGGCAAUGCUGACAUCGAUCAGGUUGAUAACUUGCAAGAAGGGCCCAGUAAACCUGUGCAUAGUAGUACUAAUUAUGAUGAUGCCAUGCAGUUUCUGAAGAAGAAGCGCUAUCUUCAAGCAGCAAGUAACAACAGCAGAGAAUAUGCGUUGAACGUGGGCACCAUAGCUUCUCAGCCUUCUGUAACACAAGCGGCGGUGGCAAGUGUCAUUGAUGAAAGCACCACAGCAUCCAUAUUGGAUUCACAGGCACUGAAUGUGGAGAUUAAGAGUAAUCAUGACAAAAAUGUUAUUCCAGAUGAGGUACUGCAAACUCUGUUGGAUCAUUAUUCCCAUAAAGCUAACGGGCAGCAUGAGAUUUCCUUCAGUGUUGCAGACACUGAAGUGACUUCUAGCAUAUCAAUCAGCUCCUCAGAAGUACCUGAAGUCGCCCAGGCAGAGAGUGUUGGACCCAGCUCCCAAGCAUCCUCAUCAGAUAAAGCUAACAUGUUGCAGGAAUACUCAAAGUUUCUGCAGCAGGCUUUGGACAGAACUAGCCAAAAUGAUGCCUAUUUGAAUAGCCCAAGCCUUAACUUUGUGACUGAUAACCCGACCCUUCCAAACCAGCCAGCAUUCUCUUCCAUAGACAAGCAAGUCUAUGCAGCCAUGCCCAUCAAUAGCUUUCGAUCAGGAAUGAAUUCUCCACUAAGAACAACUCCAGAUAAGUCCCACUUCGGACUCAUAGUUGGUGAUUCACAGCACUCAUUUCCCUUUUCAGGUGAUGAGGCAAACCAUGCUUCUGCCACAUCGACACAGGACUUUUUGGAUCAAGUGACUUCUCAGAAAAAAGCUGAGGCUCAGCCUGUCCACCAAGCUUACCAGAUGAGCUCCUUUGAACAGCCCUUCCGUGCUCCAUAUCAUGGAUCCAGAGCGGGGAUAGCUACUCAGUUUAGCACUGCCAAUGGACAGGUGAACCUUCGGGGACCAGGGACAAGUGCUGAAUUUUCAGAAUUUCCCUUGGUGAAUGUAAAUGAUAAUAGAGCUGGGAUGACAUCUUCACCAGAUGCCACAACUGGCCAGACUUUUGGCUAAAAAAAAAAUGUGUAAAUAAUACUGGCACUUUAGAACAGAUUAAUGAAGAGUGGGGUUACUCUGUGUAAAAUGGAGUGCUGUACAGAUUUAAGAGCAAUGCGUUAAUAACAAGCUGAUAUGAAUAGCAAGAUAAUCCAAUAACUGCAUUUUGUUUGGUUAGUCAGCAUUCUUUGAACUGCCUUACAUGUUGUCACCUUUAUAGAAGCGACGCAUUACUUGUUUUAGACAGAAACUUGCUAUUCCACCUAUACCAAGCUAAAAAAGAAAAAAAAAAGACUUUCGCACAAUUGUUUCCUAACUGGUAACAUUGUACAUUCUUAGGAGAUUAGUAAUUGUGUGAAAUUUACUUAUACUGUUUCUAAGUUUUUCAGCAUAGUCAUUGCACUUCAGCAGGGAAUCUUGAGUAUACUUUACAGACAGAGUGAACUUAAAAGUUUAAAUGUCAAGAGAUUAUGGCUUAAUUACUUUUGUCCUAUUGGGGGAAAAAGAAACCAUCUUUUAAAAAGAAUGAUAUGCCAUAUACCCUUGGUUUUCAUUUUGCAUUAUAUUUGACAUGUGAUUUUUUUGAAGAAAAGAGUAAUAAAAAUCUGAUAGUCGAAGACUCCACUAUUUAAAAGCCUAAUUACUUUUAAAUAUGCAUACUUUCAAAACUUUUACCAAAACUCACAACUGUUGAAGUAUUCACUUCUAUGGAAGUAUGCAUAUUGGUGUCAGUUCCUUUGUACAGGUGUACCUAGAUAUUUUUUAUGAUUUUUCAUGUGCAAGUAUCAAGGUUUGAUGUUAUAGUAAAAAAAAAUGUUCUGUAGAUUACAUUCCCAAGAAAAUAAUGCUUACAUAAAAUGUAUAUUCCACAUUUUAAAGCUUAUUUGUAUUUUACUUUUACAUAUACACUUCAGUUAACAUAGAGCACUUAGAAUCUAUUUGGUAUUUUUGAUUUCUAAAAGUAAAAAGAAUUUAGAUUUUUAGGUUUGAUAUGAUUGUGUCAUAAUCAUCUCAUAAUUGACAAUUUUACUUUUUGGCAAUAAAAGGAAAUUGGGGUAUCUUUGGAACUGUAAAACAUGGUUUAAUCCUUCUCUUUCUAAAUUCUUUAUAGAUUGGGUAAUUAAGCAGUAUCCCAAGAAACUAAGGAAAUGGGCAUAUUUUAAUUGCUUAUUUUAAGUUAGUUUUUAAUGAACAUUGCUCAUUACAGUUUUACAAGCCAAAAGUGUUUACUAAUUCCAGUAACAACAAUUUCUUUUUCAGCUAGAUGAAGUGAUCGGAAUUUUUGUUGCAUUUCAAAACUUAAAUAAACUAGACUUUAUCCUUAUACCACGAAUGUUUUAUAUAUAUAUACUUUGUCUUAAAAUAAUACAGCAUGGUACAAUAAUAUACAUACACACACACACACACAUAUAUUCACUUUUCUAAAGAAUGAUGGUUUGAGUUACAUAUUGGACAGUUUGAUUUUUGGAGACUAACAGUUAGUGGUUCUACUAUCCUCUUUAAUUUGUUCCAGCUUUUUGGUUUUUGUAUUUUAAAUUUCUGCCAUCUUUAUCACAGUGCACAUAUUGAUAGAACACCAAUAAUAAUCUAAAAUUAGUAUCCUUGGAAGGUGAAGUUUUAUUUUGUUGAUUUCCAUUUUAACUUUUAUAUUGGCCCUGUAGAUCUGCAUCCUUGGUUUCAGUGUAGAAUAUGUUAUUCAUUUAAAUUAUUUUAUUCUUUUAUUUUAUUUAAUGUUAUCCCAAGACUGUUCUCAUAAAGAAAGGGAACAAAGAACACCCACCCCCAUCAUUUCCUUCACUUAUAUUCAUUUAUUUUGAAUAUGUUGGUGUUUUAUGGUAAGGGAUAUAAAUUAUGUUUAAUGUGGUUUCCUUUACACAUUGGUUAUUAAGCUUUGCUUGAAUACUACUUUUCCCAUUUGACAGCUUUUGGCUGUCAAAUCUUAAGAAUUUUAGACUUCUUUGAAGUAAAUAUUUUAAGUUCUGUCAUUAUGAUCGUCAGAUUGCUGUUUGUUCUAUAGUACAUCACAUAAUUGCAGAAACUUUUCAUUUACGUGAGGUGUGAAAAAUGGAAUUGUGCUCAUCCUAAAUGGGCACUUGCCUUUUUCUCAUAGUACUUUUGAUAAGAGUAGGCACUUAUUUCCUGAGUUGAGCCUGAUCAAAAAUUCUGUUUCAUUGAGAACCUGUUGUAGUCCUUGGUACCAUUUAAAGGUUUUUGUUUGUUUUAACAUCACCAGCACAGUUUUAAGAAUUUGGCUGAUGCUGAGCAGUUCAGGUAAGCUUAAGAUGCAAGGCCUUUGAAAAUGAUGGUUAUGCAAACAGAAUUUCAGUUGUUACAUUUUUGUCUUAAACACAUUUCUUUAAAUCUAUAUACUGACAGAUUUUCUACCAGGUUCUAAACAUUUUUAAGAUAACUGACUUAGCCAGCAUAACUUAUUGACGUACCAUUUAUGUAUAGUCAUCACUCUUACUGUGAAAUUCUAAAUGCCUACCAGACUUACCUUGAAUUUUCUUCAUAUUAUAAACAAACAUCUCAACAGUUUGGGUUUCCCCAGUUUGUUCAGAAAGUUGUUUUAAUUUCUGUCUGGGCAUUGGAGAAAUAAGUAGCUUAUGUGCUACUUUAAAUUGAAGCAUGGAGGAUAUGGGAUAUCCUUUGCAGUUCAUGUUUCUCAUUUCUCUCUGAGCCCUUAACCUCUUUUAUUCAAUGUGAGCAAGGUGUGCUUUUUCACUUCAGUCCGACUCUCAUGCUUGAGGUUCAAAAGUAAUCACAUCAGUGGGGUAUUAUCUCUUAAGUAUCUUCUAAAAAGUGUUUUUUUUUUUUUUUGGAAUGAAUAAAAUCUUACUAAACAUAUAUUUCAUUACUUUGAAAUAGUUGUGGCUCCUAAAUUUUUUGGAUCUACAAUGGCUCCGGUUGCCAGCAAUGGGUCAUUUUAUCUCUUGAGAGGCAGAAAGGCCUUGAGCUCAGGACAGGCAUUUCAAUAGAUGAGAGACGCUUGCAAAGUGCCAGCAUGGUUAGAUCUUUUGCCACUUCUUUCAUUUUAUUAAUUUGGGUUUUUAAAGGGCUGUAAAAAAAAAAAAAAAAAAAAGCCGGGAAACUAAUAAAAGUAGGCAUUAUUGUAGUACUGCGUCUCUUAAAACUUUUUAAACUAAAACUCAUUUUUUUCACAGUAUAACUACUUGAAGAAGCACUAUUGUAAUCAAUGAGACAUUUUUUGAGUCUGCAGUUUAAUUUAAACCUUUUCUGUUUCAAAUUACUUUAUUUCAGGGAAAUAAUUUUCCAAUUGUUUUUUGCUAUAUUCUGCAAAUAAAAACCUAUGUUUCCUUUUUUCACUUAAACUUUGGUAGGAAACAAACUAAAGCAGACAAACAUUUCUUGUUAUGUUUGUUGCUUUCUUUAAUCCAAUGGAUAAAAAAGUAAAACCCUGUAAACAUUAUUUUAUUUUUUUAUGCAAUACCAUGCUGUAAAUAUGGUUCAUCGAGUAAGGAUGUACCUAUGAUUGAAUCUUUAAUUCUGCACAGUUAGAGUUUAUAUAUAAACGUGUCUUGACAAUCAAGGACUUUCAUGUGAGUCUUCCUUUAUGAUGUUUAUUAAUGUUAUGCAUUCCAUUUGUUUUGAAGUGAGUACCAAUGUGCUAAUUUGUAUUGUCUGAAAGUAUGUAAUGUUUUUACAGCUUGUUUUUAAGAAUUUGUAAAUAUGUACAAACAAUUCACAGUACUGCUUUAUGUUAGAAGGCAUAUGAUGUUGUACUGUAUGUAAGCAAUAACACGUAGCAGUGCUAACUUUACAAGUAGCAUCAGGAAAGUUCUAAAAACAUUUCAGAGUUAUUGAUUAUUCUUAUUUCAUUUAAUAAUGAUUAUCUUUAAUCAGUUUUUAUAAGCAAAUCCCAUUGUUCCUCCUAUUGGAACAUAACACUGUUUACACAGCAUAAUUGACGUUGCAGAGGAGACAGGCUAGAUCUGACUUCGUCUGUACUCACUUUCACUAAGCAUUGACUGGCCUUACCACUCUUCUGCAAGAUGGAGGAAGACCGCAAAACUUAGUGCCCAUCACACUGAAGGAAGGGAUGCGUUUUUUCCUGCUUCUGUACUGCUACCUAACUUUGUGGUUUGCUUUGAACGUUAAUAUUUGUUUCUGUUUUAGAUUCAAGCCCGUAAUGUUGAGGUGACUUCAGCUCCAUUGUGAAGUAGAUAGUUCUCUUCAUACAACAUUUCAAUAAUCUAAACUUUGUACUUUUUUUUAGAUACUUAUUUUUCAAGCUUAAUUUCUCAGCUGAUCAAAUGAAUUUACUCAACUUCGAUACAAAGAAAGACAAACAUAGUUUGAAGUGAGUAGAUACUAUACUGUACAGAACAGCUAUUUGAACAUACGUCACUGCUUUAGAAAUAAAACCGCCAAUUUAUAAAUGUAUAUGACCUCCAUUUUAUAGGAGGAAUGUUUUUAAAUGCUAGUCAUUUAUAUAAUGUGCUUUGAAGGGUUUGCUAGUCCACUUCUGUCACUUUUUAGUACACUGGUAUCUUUUAUAUGUAACGUAUGCUUUUUAUUACUGUAGCAAAGCAUUUCAGUAGAAAGAAUUUUGCAACAAUAUGGGGGAAAUUUUUCAUUGUUGGAUUUGAAUUAUACUGGAUUUUAUCUGUGUAGUCUUACUUGUCUUUAUUUUAAUGCUGUCUGGAAGGGAACUUGGUAUCCAAAUAAAGCAGGUAACCUCAUUUUUCUUCAAGGGCAUACUAUGUAGUGCUGAAUUUAAUUGGAAAUUUGAUGAUUUUUGAAAAGAAAAAAAAUUUAUAAAAAUUGUACAGAAGAAAUUAAAUGUGUGAUGGAAAUCCUGAUGGUGGAGCACGUUGAAUUUUCUGAUACAUAGUGUUAUUUUCCUGGGACUCCCUAUGCCUUCUUUGUAUUUCAACUAAUAAAAGAAAAAAAAACCCUGUCAUUGAAACUGGUAGGCUAAUAGAAUUACACAGUGUUACUUUUCUGGUCCCAUUUUCUGACCCUUUCUCAAUCACUGUAAAUUUUUUUUAAUCCCUAUUGAUAAUUAAACAUGUACAUAAUAUAGUCACUGUUGUAUAGUACUGAGUGAAUUGGGUUGCUAUCAUUGAAUGGGUAGCUAAGUGAAAUAUUUGAUAGAUACUGAGAAUUCAUACAAUGCCAGAGUAAAUUUUACUGGGAAAGGGAGGCCUCUGUGUCUUGGGAAGGUGGCAUACUACAGGUUGUCUCCACAGCCCCAGGAGGUUUUAUGACAGAACCGGGUGGCUGCUCAGUGUCAGGCACCAACCAAAUGGGGCUCUCUCCCUGCUCUAAAAUACGAGCACUAGACUUCAGAAUCUAACUCAGGUGAAACCGCUUUGCAACGAAGCCACAUUGAAAAGUCACUGCUAAUAUAUUUGUGAUAUUUUUAAAUAUAAACUUUUACAUCAUAGUCAGCAGCCUGACAAUUGAAAUUUAGACGGUAUUUUUAAAGUAUAUUUUGUCCUCCAUAUACAGUUGUUUUUAAAUAAUUUGGAGGAUUUUUUCUUUAUUUAAAUUUUUAUUGUACAAAAAAUCUUGCUUGACCCCAUAUUAUGCCAUGAAUGAAUUGCUGAGCCAUUAUAAUACAGUGACAGCUUGUUUCAUGCCUAGUCACGGAACACAGAGCUGUUCUUUGAACCAGUCUAUUCAUUAGAGGGUUACUGAGUGUCAUAGCUUUGGCACUAUUGUCAUGUAGUUAACCUUGCCUCUUGGAGUUUAUAAUACCGUUUUAUGUAUUGUGAUAUUAAAGGAAGUUGCUUUGCUUUAUUUUAAAUUGAAUUAUUAGACUAACUUAUAUUUGCAAAUUCUGCAUUUUAAAUGUGGACACUUGGCUGUUUGAAAAUAAAAUACAGAAUACAGUUUUAUGAAUAAUUUUCUAGCUGAAUUUUUCACAGUACUUUGAACCAAAUAAAUAACUAAUGGUAAAUAUGCAAAAAUGUGAUACGUAGAUAGUUAAUAUUAAAGAGAAAAUUAUGUAUAUGUGGAAUUAACAGUUAUGCAGAUUAAGUAACAAUUAUCAGGGCUUUUACUGUAGCUUUGUAUGAAAUGUUAUUAGACAGUUCUAAGAUGGAAGUCAAAUGUUAACUGUCAUUAAAUAUUUUAGACUUGAAAUAUGUUGAACAUAGAGUUAAGGAUAUAUGUGGCUUUUUCUUCACAGAAAAGUCUCUUAACCCAUCUUUAGUAGCCUCCAUGGAAUUUUUUUUUCCUCUCAUGAAUGUAGAUAAUUGUUUUCAUCCACCUGCCACCUUGCCAGGACCUUAUCUUCUGACAUUGGGAUACAUGAUGAGAAAGCAGCGUGCAGUUAGGCGUGCCACUUUGGUCCGUGGAACAAUCAUAGACUCAUUGGCCCUUGAGUGGUCAGGUCUAGGACUCAGGCUUAGUAGCAUGGUGCUGUAACUAGCUGUACAUAAUGACACCGCUGGUAGUCUACUAAUGUGUUUCCUAGGUCCCAGUUCUUGAAUGAUUAAAGUGGUGGGAAGAAGGGUAAGAGGUCUUCUACCUGACACUUCUCCCACAUUCAGCAGAUUAUAUGAAAAAAUAAAAUUGAAGUCAUUUGAA